AUGGGAAUGGUAAACUUCCAAAUCAAUGGAAACUCAUACAGCAAGUUAAAUUCAUUCAGUAUUCUGGGACUAGGAAGUCAGAAUGUUUGGACGGAUCGUGAAAGAUAUCGCACAAGAAAUGGUGUUUGUAUCUGGAACCAACAGAACCUUAAACAGAUGUCAACAUGGAUAGAACUUCUAAAAUAGACUUUGGCUUAAGACGCGCACAUUCUUUUACUCUUUCAAAACAUUCUCAGCCAAAAUUACAAUGACUGCAAUUCAGAAAUGCAAUGUGAUAUUGACCUAUGACGACUUGGUCUAAACGUUGAAGAAUAGACACUUCAAUCUAGGCAUAAAAGUAAGACAAAAGUAUCAUCAAACUCACCUAGAGCAGGACAGGGACGAAUAUGUAAUUGUGGCAGGUUCAAUGCAAGGAGAGAUCAAGGAGACAGAACUGGACUCCACAGAGACAGAACAGUCUCUGUGGAGUCCAGUAGCCAAGUGGAGUGAAGGGUCACUGGCCACUGAAUUUAUCUGCUCCUCCACAAGGACUCUUGUGGUUGGUUGCAUGUUCUGCUACCAACCUGCCCACACGCGCUGCCAAGCAACCCACACAUUUCUAAAAAACUGCAUGACCUAACUCUGGGGGAGUUAGAUUUUCAAAAAAUGGGGGGCACCAAAUUCAUCCUAUUACAUUAUUAUUGUUCACGUGUAUUUAAGUUGGACUGUUUCUGAUUAUAAUAUAUAAUGAGUAUUUUUUAGGAUCACUUCUUUGAACUAAGGGAAAUCUCUUUGGAGUUGCAAAUUUGUUGUCUCUUUCAUUGUACUUUAAAUUGUGAAUUUAUUGGGCCUGGCAAAGUACAAGUAGCUGCUUUCUGCCAGCCUCCACCAUUCACCACUCGUAAGUCAUCCUCAUUCCCAGUCCCCGACACAGAUUUACACCACUGGCUCUUAAUCAAUUCCCUAUACUGCCUUUAUCCCUGCACGUAUUGUCUUUUACUUUUGAUACUUUUAAUUAAGUUGUAAAAUGUUGCAAUUGUUGUAAUUUUACAACUCUUUGAAAUGUCUGUGGCAUGGAAAGCGUUAUAAAUAGCCAUUGUUAUUAUUAGGCCCUAUUAUCCUUAUGGUUAUGGGAGGUCAAAAUGAUAACGCGUAGUGCGCAAAGAUUACACAAACUCUGUACCGUCUUUCACCGAGAUAAUCUUUUUUUCGGUACACAGUUUUUGACCAGAGUGAUUCACCUUUGAUUCAAUUUCACCAGAAAGCUUGAGUCGUAUCAAAUCUUUUGCUGAGUUGAGUCGUCAAAAUUGUGACUGGGGCACGAGUAAAGUCGUUGAUUUGAGUCAUUAUAACUCUGGCAUGAUAGGCACACCUUGAUAUCUCAAAUGUGAGCUAAACAAUAGUUUUGGAAGACUUAUGGGGGCGUUUUACGUGAGUUUGAAUGUCGUCUAGGGGUGACCCAAACUAGCUGUGGCAUUAUGUACACAAGAUAACAGGACCUUGGAUUCUAUUACCAAUUUAUCUACCUUGAAUGCCACGCUCCAGUAUCAGCAGUUUACCCUUGUGUCUUUUUUUAUAAGCAAAACUCCUUCUGUCCUAACAAAUAUUUGAUGUAACUGGCAUCUGCAACAAACUUUGACGUAGCGCUCCGAUAGGUGUUUGGAAUAGAACCUUCUUUUUGCUAUCGAGAAAUAUGGCCGCCAUAACGAUCAAAAACCUUCUUGUUUUUCUUUUGUUGGCAUUCGUGUUUAUCCACUACAUCGUUCCGAAUCUCGGACAGGAAUACCUAUCCAGAUGCUUUGGCUACAUCUUGUCAAUCAUUCUGGCCUAUGUCAUUGCUGUCAAUGUGAAAGAAGGCAAAGUGCAGGUCACAGGCAAGGCCGUGGUUGUCACCGGCUGCGACAGGGGGAUUGGUAACGCGCUGGCCCGCUACCUGGACAGGCAAGGCUUCCGGGUGUUCGCUGGUUGUUUGUUUGAGACCGGUGCAGGGGCACAAAAACUCAAAAGGGAGUGCUCCAGGAAGCUACAAGUGGUUCAGAUGGAUGUGACUAGUGACGAGCAGGUGGCUGAGGUGGCUCGGUUUAUACAGACUGAUGUAGCGGUGUCAGGGGAUGUGCUUUGGGGAGUUGUCAACAAUGCCGGCAUUGUUAUGAUUGGGGAGAUAGAGUGGCUGUCAUUCGACAGUUACCGACAGGUCAUCGAGGUCAACUUAAUGGGGAUGAUCCGAGUGACCAAGGCAUUCCUUCCCAUGAUUCGGAAAUGCAAAGGGCGAAUAGUUAACGUGAGUAGCGCGCAAGGGCUACAUGCCGCCCCCUAUUACUCCCCGUACGGGAUCUCCAAAUUUGGGGUGGAGGCGUUCUCGGACUGUCUCCGUCUUGAGAUGGACAAGUGGGGAGUGAAAACGGUCAUCAUCCAACCAGGAAAUUUUUCAGCAUUUUCUGAAGUCGGUGAAGGAAACAACAUUGAUAAGAUGCUGGGCUUGGUUUGGAGUGGCACACCGGACCACAUAAAGCAAGUAUACGGCGAGGAUUACUUCAAUAACUUGCUGAAAUUGGUGAAGACUCAAAGAAGUAUGGGUGUUCAACACGACUUGAAGUCUCUCUUGAGUGGUAUUGAGGACGCCCUCAUUGCCGUGAAUCCGCCAGACAGGCUCUUAAUUGCUGAACCAAAGCUUUUUGCCUUUUUUGUGCACACCUUUCCUGCCACCUUGACGGACUAUUUUUACAAGGUUUUCAUGUUGACUAGUAAAGACAAAUGAAGCUACUGGAGAGUUUUCAACGUGAAUGGACUAAGUUUCCGUGAUCACCGUUUUGGCUUAGUGUUCGAGAUGGUUUUAAUUUCAUUCCUCCUUUUACGGAUUUGAUAGCGAAGACUUUAGUAAAAAUGGAAAAACAAAUAAUAAAUAUGAUACGUUUUGAUCUUCCCAGUGAUUGAUUUAUCAACUACAUGAACUGAUGACGAUAUUCUUCACAAAAGAAAAACAAAAAAUACUUCUUCCCGAAAAGUGAAAUGUACAAAAUAUGCCCUCAACAGUAACAUGGACAUUUACAAGGUCAGCAAUGACGCAGCAUGAAUCUAUUGCACCUAGCAUCACGAUCAUACUAUGGCCCGUUAAUUUCCAGCACCAGUAUGACUAUGUUCCAACAAGAACCAUUAUGAAAAGACUGGAAACCUGAGUGGUGUUGAUGAAUACAGCAAGAGAAAAAAAAAACAAUCACGAAAUGCCAAAAAUGAUCCACACAUUUGAAGUCUAUGACAAGAAUACGGUACUGUAUAUCUAUAAAACAAUAUAUUUUUGGUUUUCAAGAAUGAUUUUGAAGUCUCCCUGCGUGCUAUGUAAUGCUCAUAAUUUAGCAAGUGUUGGGUCAUUUCGCAAAAACGAGGUCCAUUUUUUUCAUCAUGUGAAAGAAACCUCACCCCCGCCAAAGAAAGGACGGGGAGUUCGUUCUCUCUUAUUCUGGUGCUUUCAUUUUCUAAGGAAACAACGAUCUUGGUGACGCUACUAAUGCCACAUGUAUGUUAUUCUAUGUUUUGACGUUUUUGGAACUCUUUGUUUUGCAAGUUAACCGCAUAUAAACCAAGGUAGUAUACAAACCAAAGUUUUUUUUAGCAUUGACAAUAACCACAGCAAAGGUUUGACCUUCAUCUUCAUUGUGAUUGACUUGAUAAUGUAGCAUGGGUGUGGGGGGUUACUCCUCCCCCCAAAAUAAAAAUACAUAAGAAAAAGAGAGAUAUGAAG